AGGGGGGAGACUGAGAGAGAGAGAGAGACAGAGAGACAGAGAGACAGAGACAAACUGAGAGACGGAGGGAGAAAGGGGGGAGAAAGAGAGACUGAGAGAGUCAGACAGAGAGCAGGGGGGGAAGGGAGAAAGAGAGAUAGAGAGGGAAAGAGACAAAGACAGAGGAGAGCCUGAAAGAGACAGAGAAAAAGAGAGAGAGAGAGAGAGACAGACAGACAGACAGACAGAGACAGAGAGAGAGAUGAAUAGAUAGAUAGAGAGACAGACACAGAGACAGAGACAGAGAGAGACAGUCAGAAAGAGGGACACACAGAGAGAGACAGAGACAGAGACAGAGAGAGACAGAGUCAGAAAGAGAGUCACAAAGAGGGACACACAGAGAGAGAAAGAGACAGAGACAGAGAGAGACAGAGAGGAGAAGGAGAGAGAGAGAGAGAAGCCAGCCAGAGAGAGCUGAGCAAGCCUGAAUCUACUGAGGGGUUCCCCCACCCCACAAAAGCCUCCUGACAAUGCUGUCAUUGUCAAGUACAAAGAGUUGGUAAUUCUUAAUGAAUAGUCCAUGGGGCCUCUUGACUAAAUAGUGCGUUCCAUGGCCCAAAUCUGUCAGCUGGAGGCUUCUCCCGCCCUGGCGAGUGAGUGAGUGGCACGGCGCGGCCGGGAAUGCAGCAGGAGCCAGGCAGCUGGCAGGAGCGCCCUGGGCACACAGACCUUAGGGAGCCUGGUCUCUGAAGUAGAGGAAGUCUGUCCUGGAGAGGCCGCUGUCAACCUCUGGUCCAAGCCCCUCAUUCUAGAGAGAGAGAAACAGGUCCGGGGAGAGGACUUGCCCAGGAUCACACGGAUGAUCUUUUGAUCCCCAGGCCAGGCCUGUUUCUACCUCACCUCAGUUCUCAGCCUAAGUUCUGCCUCCUACUGUUUUCUCAGCCAUUCCCUCUCUCCUCCUCCUCUUCCUCCUUCCCACUAAAUUCUGAGUUUAAAUAUGGAUUCAGAUCCACUGAUGGUCUUGUUGGUGAUCAUCAUCCUAGCGCGGUUUAUUCUAUGGUCUUGUCUUGGGACUUUUGUUGAUUAUCGACUGGCCCGCAGGCGACCCGGCAAAGCCAAGGAGGACUAGAGUCCUCAGCCAGUCAGUCUGGAUUUUGGCCGCAGAUGGGGUAGUCCUGGGCUCUGGAGCAAAAGUAUAAGCCUCUUCUCAGUGCUCCUUCUUUCCUGGGGAUGACUUCGCUUCUGGUUCCGGCAGGAGAAGCAAGUUUGGGAACAGGGUCCUCCAGACUCCUUGGGGCCAGCUGGUUCGGGGAUGGCCCAGUGAACUUCAGCCGUUCUGCUCUCCUCCCUUAGAUUGUGCUCCUUGGGCUGAGAUAGGAGUGUAAUCUCAAAGCUAGGGCAGAAGCUUGUUCUCCCUGGAAAGGCUGUCAGAGUAGGGUAGCAGAGAGAGCCAGGGGAGGUGAGGCAGAAGGGGAAAAAGGACAGGGCUUUACCUUCCUGGAGAAGGUAAAGCUUCAGCAAUCUAGGGAAGGUGGGAGGAGGAAAUGAGAAGGGAGAGCGUGAGAGGCGGCCAGCGAUGCAUCUUGUCUGAGGAAGGAUACAGGUGCAAUGUCCCUGGAUAGCCACGGAGGGAGGUCUGAGAAGACUUGGUCACCUACUUACCUUCCCCACAUGGUCCAAUCUGCUGGUCAUUGAGGUGGGGUGGGGAUAUAUUCACUAUGGAAGAUGGAAGCCCGGAUACGGAAACACAGGACUCACUUCAUCAACACUCAGUGGCUUGAUUUAACUUUCCAUUUAACAUUUAGAUGUCCUUGGACAUGUAAUAACUAAGACUCCAGUCAAGUCACCCAAUCUCUGCAUGUCUCAGAUCCUCAACUGUAAAAUGGAGAUCAGAAGAGCACCUACUUCACAAGGUUGUUGUGAGGAGCAAGUGAGAUAAUUAUAAAAAUGCUCAAUACUCAAUAAGGCACUCGGUGCCUUAAUAAAUAAUUCUUCUAUCCCAUCUAUAUUCUAUUUGUAUUUACAAAAGAGAAACGAAUAAUGGAAGGGAGGAGGGACAUCACUGAAAAAGAAAAUUGUAUACAACAGGAUGACUGACUAAAGUUCUAUGUUUACUUGAGAA